AUGGGACAACCCUCCCGCUUCGUUCUCACUCGCAAAGAACUAAAUCUAAAAGCCACCGACAUCUUCUCCGACCCAAUGAAGCAUUUUUUGUGGCUCGACAGGAUGGUUGAACUCGAGUUGGCUCCAAUCUCCGGAAUCAAUGUCGGAGCAGUUGGACUCGGAUCAUCGGACGAUAUGAUCUUCUUAGGCAUCAAUGUCGAACUUCCAGGUCUUCCUCUUCAUCACUCCAUUCACGCGGUGCAGUUCCUCGUCACCAACCUCGCUCUCAACUCUCAGCGAUUCCUCCGUGACUUGGUCGUCUCUUCUAACGACUCCACCUUCGAUGCACCGUGUGGCCACUGCCGCCAGUUUCUUCAAGAACUCCGCGAGUCUCCUAUCAUCAAGAUCCUAACCAAGAAUCCGGAAAAGAACGAAAACGAAUACGUGGAACUUAAGAGCCUCUUUCCUCGCUCCGAAACUCUCAUCCUCCCUGAAGACUUCCCGGUCCCUCUCCUUCUCCAAACGCGCAAUAACGGCCUCACUCUCACCGGAGAUAUCUGCGAGUGCGACGACAGUUGUACUCAUCUUAAGUGCAGGGCUUUAGCGGCGGCGAACAAAUCGUUUGCACCGUAUAGUAAGUGUCCGUCGGGAGUGGCUCUAAGGGAUUGCGAUGGGAAAGUGUACAGAGGUUGGUACAUGGAAUCGGUUGCGUUUAACCCAAGUUUAGGGCCAUUACAAGCGGCUUUGGUUGAUUUUGUGGCAAGUGGAGGCAAAGGGUUUGAGAAGAUCGUCGAAGCAGUGCUUGUGGAGAAGAAAGAUGCGGUGGUGAGUCAAGAGAAGACGGCGAGGAUGAUUCUUGAGACUAUAGCCGCAACAAACCCCAUGUGCGUUUCCAAUGUCUUCCAUUGCUAA